UUGUUAGGAGCUGUUCUGUGUUCAUACUGUGUCUUGGCAAUAGACGGAGGGUAACAGCAGGUUGCUCAUUGUAGCUACACAUUGGAGAAAGAUACUGGAAAGAGUUCAGACAGAGAACGCGCGUUAAUGCCGCUAUUAGAGCUCAUUAUCUGCGGAGGAAAGGAAAGACAGACCAGUUUGUACUACUGAGGUGGGAUAAUAAGAUUUGCGAAUUUGUAUCAGAUAAUAACCCUAUGGCUUGUAAAUUCGAUAUAGAUACGUUUCCACUUCUUUUAAUUUUUGCGUCUCAUAGGACUAGCCCAUCUGUCUUCACUUUACCGACAUUUUCACCUUCGUUAUUUGAAUAAUCAAUUCCUGACAAAAGUUUUUUUUUAAAGGUUAUAGUUUUGGCAGGAGUUUAUAUGACAAGCUUUUCUGGUCUGACUGUACACGACUGUUCUUUGACCGGACUCGAGCGCUUCGCUGUUGGACCUGUUGGAGAAGAAGAAGAGUUUUUCGAGAUCAGGACUGAAUGGUUUGAUAAAUCCAUAACGUACUUGCGAAGGCGAUACCACGAUCUCGUGAAACUUGCGAAUAGUUUGGUGAAGUUAUUUCCAGAGGACGACGUGAGUUUGCCUCAAUCGUUCAUUCUUAAGGCACUGCAGAAGAUAAGGGAAGCAGAGGAAAGUAAUGACAUUGAAACCAAGCUGGAUGAGGUGGAAAAACUGUUAAGAAAUAUCAUCAAAACGCCACCAAAGUAUUCUCAGAGUGAAGCAGUUCUCACAUUUUUCAAGACUUACCCUCUGGACUGCACUUUGAAAACGAUGUUUGAUCCGAUCCAGCCCUUCUACCGGAGUCAUGUCACUGUAGCUGAUGUCAGGAGGGCCAAUGGGUUUUGUUUGGCCAAUACAGAAACUGUUCUUUUUGAUGCAUAUUUAUUAGAGAAAAAAGCAGAACCAUCUCAUGAACACUCUUCACAAUGCAGCUCUGAGAUUGAGGACCAGAUAUGGAGAGGGACAAGAUUUCCAAAUGGGAUCAGAUAUGACGAAUUUGUGCAUACAAAUCUCUCCACAAGCCCAGUUCUGCCUGCUGGUGCCCUUGAAAAUAAAGAAUCAGACUAUCACCCUAAAAAAUCACAGGUUACCCCCGCCAAACUCACCUACUUUCACUUACAUGCCUCUGAAACGGACAUCCUUGAGUAACUUGAAUUGAAAUGUAAGGAUGCUAGGCUAUAUGAAUUCUUCAUAUUAUGAAGGCUUGCAAAAAAGUUAAUAUAAAAAGUCUAGAAUGAACUUUUCUGCUCUUGAUUAGAUUGUGAUUUAUUAAAAAUGAUUAAGAUUUAUAAAAUACAUGAUUUAUAAAAUAUUUUUUAAGUCAACAUUUUUAUAUUAAAUAUACUAAUCAAAUGUUUAAGGAAAUGUUUUAUGUUGUUUAUUUUUCAUAGCUUUAUUAUAUAUUUUAGCUAUUUAGCUUUUUACCAAGGUUUGCCUUUAAUUUUCUUAUAUUAAAGGGGUCAUAUGGUGCGAAUACGUGUUUUUAUGUGUCUUUGGUGUGUUAUAAGUUGCCCAUGCAUGUAUUAGACACGUAACAUUGCAGAAAUUAAAGUGUCGAAACAAAAGAUGCAUUCUAUCUAAAAGCGAAUGCUCACCCAGACCUGCCUGAAACUACGGUGGCCGUAAAGUGCCAAACAAAACAACAAAUCGCAAAACAAACAACAAAUCUAAAAGCAAAAACACAAAUCCUGAAUCACAAUUACAAAUCUAAAAACGCAACACCAAAUCUGAAAACACAUUAACAAACCAUAAAGCACAACAACAAUUCCGGAAACAAAAUGACAAGUCAGAAAUCACAACGACAACUCAGAAAACAAAAUUACAAGUCAGAAAACACAACGACAACUCAGAAAACAAAAUUACAAGUCAGAAAACACAACGACAAAUUGGUCAAAACGGAAAAGGUAGGUAUUUUGUGUGACCGGGGUAGUUACUGCUGAUUGGACGGAACCCCUGUCAAUCAAGACAAACAGGAAGUAAGACGUGUGUGUUUUUAUAGAAAAUAAUGGAGUUUGUUCAACACUACUUUCAAGAAGGACAUUCAUAUGGCGUUAUUCUAGAUAUGCUUUUAACAUACCAUGAUAUUAAGAUCAGCUUGCGCUCUCUUAAAAGACACCUGAAGAAUGCAGGUUUGUUCAGACGAAAAAGCUAUUCCCUAUUAAGCGAUGUCAGGAAUGCUAUCAGAGCAGAGCUGCGUGGGCCAGGACAGCUGUUCGGCUACCGAAUGAUGUGGUUAGCGCUUCAGCAGAAACACAAAUUGCGUGUGAAACGAGAUGACGUUAUGCGGUUGCUGAAAGAACUGAUUCCACGAGGGACUGACCAGAGGACUCGUCGUAGAUUUUUUCGACGUACCUAUCACUCCAUGGGUCCGAACUAUCUGUGGCACGUUGAUGGUUACGAUAAACUAAAACAGUUUGGUUUCGGUUUAUCAGGAUGUAUUGAUGGUUUUUCGAGGCGUGUGUUGUGGCUUAUUUGUGGGCAUACAAACAAUGACCCUGCAGUUAUUGCACGUUACUUCAUCACCUGCGUCCAACGCCUCGGUGUUGUCCCCAUGAGACUACGAACGGACUGUGGAACAGAAAACGGUACCUUAGCAGCAAUACAGUGCACUCUUCGCCAUCACCAUACAGACUACCAUGCUGGCUCAAGGAGUCACAUGUAUGGUACAUCAUUGAGCAAUCAGCGCAUCGAAUCUUGGUGGUCUAUCUUCAGAAAAGCGAGGGCUCAAUUUUGGAUGGAUCUUUUCGGAGAUCUCAGAAAUGAAGGACACUUUAAUGGCAGUAAUGAACACCAGUGCCUGCUUCAGUUCUGCUUCCAAAAUAUUCUGCAGGCAGACUUGGAUGAAUGUGUGGAGCUCUGGAAUAAGCACAGGAUUAGGCCCUCUAGACUUGCAAUGUGCCCCGGUGGAGUCCCAAAUGAGCUGUAUUACCUACCUCACAGGUCUGGAUCAAGGGAUUGUGGCUUUCCAGUUGAAGAUGUCGAGUUAAGUGCUUUUCCUGAGUCAAGGCUAACAGCUCAGUUAUGUGGAGACAAAAAUAUUCAGGAAUAUCUUGAAUUUGCAAUGGAACACAAUCAAUUACAGUGUCCGCAGACAUGGGAGGAAGCAUUAAAACUUUACUUCACAUUGAAGGAAACAGCAGGUCUCUGAGCAUGAGUAGGUAUUCUUAACAAUCAGACACUACAGAGUAGAAUGUACUUAGAAAACAAAUUAACAAAAUUAAAACAAAAUAAUGCAAUACACAGAGUGGAAUCUGUGACAUUUGAAGAACUGAAGAACAGUUUUACAUAUUAAUGUACGGUUAUUUACACAUAAUUUUCACUUUCAGCAGGUCUGGAUGAAGGGAUUGUGGCUUUCCAGUUUACAAAUUCACAUUGAUGGGAACAUCAGGUUUCUGAGCAUGAGUAAGUAUUAACAAUGUCAGUAGAAACUACUGAGUACAACUUGAGUAGAACUAACUGGCAAUACAUAGUGUAAACAAUCAAUGCAAUACACAGUGGAACCUGUGCCAUUUAAAGAACUGUGAACAGUUCUACAUAUUGUCAGGUUAUUAGAUACAUCCAAAACCUGGAGAAUUCUGAAUUCCUAAGUCCAUGCGAGUCUUAAAAAUAUCGUAUGUGUCUAAGAGAGGUAAUUUUAGGGUGUUCGCACAUGUAUUUGCCAUUGGGAAUGGUGAAUUGGGAAGAAAAGUGAUGGAUGGUUGUGGUGUUAUUCCUGCAGGCGGAAGUGAUGUCAGGCCAGUAGCAAACAUCAGCAGAUUCUCCAACGACACUUCUCUCUGGUGUUCUAGAAGAAAAAAAACAUGCUACAGACUUUUGAAUUUCACCAGAAACAGAACCUUUGAUGGUUAAUUUCUACUUCUACUCUAAUUAUUCUUUUCUACUCUAUCUAUAAAAAAAUGCAUGCUUGCUUAGACUUAGAUAAACUAAACAUAGCUCUGUACACUGUAGUAGGCUUUGUGAGACAUGUUUUUAUUGCACUUAUGCUUUUUGCUGUCCUGAUGUUGACCCAAUUGCUUCCAUUGUUUACCCAACUUGUAAGUCGCUUUGGUUAAAAGCGUCUGCUAAAUGACUAAUUGUAAUUACAAAUGACACACCUUCACAGUCGAGGAGAUAGUCUGACCAAAAGGACAGCGUUUUGGAUUCUUCCUGCCUCUGGUUACUACCUGCUGGGCUGAGUUCUGCUUUGAAGAGGUUUUCCAAAUCAGUUGCUGUAAGCUUCUUUUCAGCGUGGCACAAGAAAGAAGCCAAAACACUCGGAUGCUGCUGAAGUGCUGUCAGAAACUGCAGGGUGGCAAGUCCAUCUUUAAAUC